UUUUCAAUUAUUGAGGAAAAGUCGUCGACUCCGACCUUGCUCACAUUGUUAAGGAAACAAUACAAAUUGACAAAAAGACUAAAUUGUUUCAGACCACUUAGGUUGCAUCCAAUGACCAAGUUACUUGUUAUCAGUAAGGCAAGUAAAACGUUCUAGUUAGGCCGCACUUCGUAGCAGAAAACGGUUUAACUUCCACAAUCACAGAAUUUAUUUUCUCGUAAAAUCCAGUGCAAAAAUGCUACAAAAACAUUCGUGAACGUGAUUUGUUAAAGUGUUUGCUACACAAGAGAUUACUACCUCGGUCAGAAAUAUAAGAUGUUGUUUGGAAUGAGGAAUCUUGGACUGUUCAAAUACUUGCGGUGGCGGGAGGGAUCGCGCGGGAACCAGUACAUCAUGGGGGUUCUGGUGAACUUCCCGACGGUAUGUUUCGGCAUGCUCAUGGGCUGGGUGUCUCCCGUCACGCCGCAACUCCAGUCGGCCCAGGGUCCCCUGCCGCGGCCCAUGACCGACGGCGAGCUGGGGUGGAUGGCCUCCGUGGCCUUCUGUACCGCGGUGCCGAUGAUGCUGGUCAGCGGAGUGGUGGCUGACCGCAUUGGACGGAAGGCUACGUUGAUGAUGGCGCCGUUGAGCAUUGCUCUAUGCUGGCUGUUAACAAUCAUUUGGACGAACAGCGCAGUCAUUAUCCUCGCUCGCACGAUCACCGGCGUUGCAGCCGCCGUGUGCUACGCCAUCUCACCAGUCUAUGUCAAGGAGGUCAGCGACGACGACAUCCGAGGCGCCCUGGGCUCCCUGCUCAUCCUGGCACAGAACCUCGGCUUCGUGAUCAUGUAUGUUCUGUGUACGGUGCUGGACUUCUACUCUGUGGCGUACGUGUCGCUGGCCAUGGCUGCGGCCCACGCGGUGGUGUUUCUGAACGCGCCGGAUACGCCGUCGUAUCUCAUCAAGUGUCAAAGGAAUGAGGAAGCAGCUGAGGUUUUGGCGUGGCUGCGCAGCGUCGAAGUGAGUGACAAACGAGUUACCGAAGAGAUUAGCAAGUUGCAAGCCGACGACCGGGACCAAGCCAAUGAAAAACCCGCCUGGAGGGACUUGUUCUCAGACAGGACUACUCGGAAAGCUCUCUACAUUUCUGCCGUCAUACUCAUCCUGCAAGAGUUCUGUGGAUACCUGAUACUGCUCACAUAUGCCUCUACAGUCUUCGGGAAGGCCAACGUGGGGUCAGCGCUGACGGCCAAUGAACAGACCAUAGUGCUGGGGUGUGUGCUGUUUAUUGGGUCAGUUUGCGCGUGCUUCUUGAUCGAAAAGGUUGGGAGGAAGCCGCUCCUGGCAGCCACGUCGACCCUCAGCGGGCUGGGCAUGCUGGUCCUAGGCAGCUGGUUCUACGUGACGUCACGAGGCCACGGCGCCCCCGGCUGGGUCCCUAUCACCGCCAUGGGCCUGUCGCUGUUCUGUGCCGCCGCUGGCUUCCAACCCACGCCGUUUGUUAUUAUGCCCGAGAUGUUUACCUUUAAGCUAAGAGGCACAGUAUCAUCGCUGACCAUCGCUUUGACCGGCAUAUCAGAUUUCGUCCAAACCGAGGCGUUUUCCUACGUCAACGCAGCCAUAGGGCUCCACGGGGCCUUCUGGAUCUUCGCUGCAGUGGGCUUCGUCUGUGCCGUCUUCACCAUCGUCUGUGUGCCAGAGACUCGGAACAAGAGCGUGGAGGAAAUAUACGCGGAGAUGAGAGGCGAGAAGAAGACAGAAGAUAUUGAUUGUUCGACUGUCUUGUAAGUAGGGAAUACAGACA